GAAAUUCCCUCGUCCAGAAGAAACCAACAAAAACUGCAAAAGUUCAAGCGGUGGGAGAAAAAACUUCAGAUCGUAGCCAUUCAUUAAAUUAUAAUCAACGGUUUAAACCUCUUCGAUCCGCGUACUCUAUUCUUAUUGGUCAAAUAACUUAAUCCUCCAACAUAUAUAAACAACAAUCAGAUUUCUCUCUGUUAAUUUCGUCAAGAAAAAAAUUCGAUUUUUUUGCGCUCUUUGUGGGUUGUUGUUGUUGAAAAUGGCUGGUCGUGGAAAAACUCUUGGAUCCGGUGGGGCGAAGAAAGCUACAUCUCGGAGUAGCAAAGCCGGUCUUCAAUUCCCGGUGGGUCGUAUCGCUCGUUUCUUAAAAGCCGGUAAAUACGCCGAACGUGUUGGUGCCGGUGCUCCGGUUUAUCUCGCCGCCGUUCUCGAAUAUUUGGCCGCCGAGGUUCUUGAAUUAGCUGGAAACGCAGCAAGAGACAACAAGAAGACACGUAUUGUUCCUCGUCACAUUCAGCUUGCGGUCAGAAACGAUGAGGAGCUAAGCAAGCUUCUUGGAGAUGUGACGAUUGCUAAUGGAGGAGUGAUGCCUAACAUCCACAAUCUCCUUCUCCCUAAGAAGGCUGGUGCUUCAAAGCCUCAGGAAGAUUAGGUCUUUUAACACAAUGAUAUAGAACACGUCUCUCUUUUGGCUUUAGAUCUAAUAACCUAAUAACUAGCUAGAUGUUUUCACUUUUUGUAUCUUUGCUUUUUUUAAUUCCUUUAGGGAUUUGUUUCUUUCCGUUUCUGUUUCGACAUGUUGUUUCUGUUUUUGUGAAUAUAUGAAAGUAUUUUGCGAAAUAUGAAUGAUAAUGUCUUUCAAAAA